GGUGAGAGGUCAGUGCUGUGUGCGCGCGGGGACUGAGGCUGAGAGCCGUCUGUGAUCUUGUAACGCUGGGAGUGACGGCGUGGUCACGCGAGUGGCUCUGCGCUGCGGACAGGACGAAGGCCAAAGAAACCCUUCAAAAGCACAAACAUAAGCGACACAGAAAGAAGCCUUUUAUUUGGGCCAUUGCGCAGCUCUGAUACAGCCGUCUGGUCACCCAACCACUGAUCUGUGUAUUAGUUGGGUGUUGAUGCUGUGCUUCUGAAGAUGAGCAAGGUCGCUCCGGGGAUACUUGAAGGAAUGGCAACUAACACCAGUGGGGAGAGUGCCGAGAAACUUGCCGCAAAGCACCAAAACAAUGGCAGCCAGUCCAAAGGAGUAGAGUGGACAGUCAUUGUCCUCACCUGCCAAUACAAGGAUAGUGUGUACACCUUCCAAAGAGAACUCGAAAUCCGGCAGCAGAAGGGAUUCAUCUCUCCUGGUGUGGUCCUGCUUACUGUCGAAGACCCUAAAGCUCAAGUUGGGAGUGGAGGUGCCACACUGAACGCACUGCUGGUUGCAGCGGAACACCUCAGUGCAAGGGCAGGCUACACGGUUGUGACCUCUGAUGUUCUACGGACAUCACGGAUAUUGAUCCUCCACAUGGGUCGGGACUUCCCGUUCGAUGACUGUGGCCGCUCAUUCACCUGCCUGCCGGCAGAGAGGCUGGACAGUGAGGUGGAAGCCCUCGUCUGCAACAUUGAUAUUCUGCUGCACAUCAUGACACACAAGCUGGGCCCAGGCUCCCCUCCUGGUGUGUGGGUCUGCAGCACAGACAUGAUUCUGACCAUCCCGUCUUACCCAGAUAUUUGCUGGGAGGGAUUCAGCGGUGUCAGAGUGGUGUCUGUCCCGGGCACGCUUACGUACGCCAGGAAACAUGGUGUCUACCUCCUGAACACAGAGGGCUGUGUCUGUGAUAUCAUUUACAAAGGGACAGAGGAGCGGAUACAACAAUGUGCACUACGGGAUGGCAGAGCCCCUCUGGUAUCAGGCAUUGUGUUUUUCUCCUCUCCGACUGCUGAGAGACUGCUGGCCACGCAUGUCACUCCUCCGCUGGAUGCCUGCACCUACAUGGGUCUGGAUUCGGGAGCUCAGCUGAUUCAGCUGUCGAUUUUCUUUGACAUACUGCUGUGCAUGGCACAGAACACCAAAGAGGAUGACUUUGUGAAGGGAACGAGGAGCAAUCUCAGGCUCUCCAGCACGGCUGAGGAUAUGGACACUGCUAUCCUGCGGAGUGCCAGAGCUUUACUGUGGCGGGAGCUACGUGGGAUACCCGUGACCGUGGCCUACAUAGCUGAUGGUUCUCAUGAGUACAUGAGUCUGUCAGCAGAUGAUCACUUGCAGAACCUGACAAGGAGAGGGAGCAUGUCUGGAAGCUUCACAGCCCAUCAUAUUGCCCACUCGGAGGUCACACACCCUGUCCUCCUCAGUCAGGACUGCUCCAUCAUCAACAGUCUCCUGGACGGAGAGAUUGCCAUCGAGUCCAAGAGUGUUGUCCAGCACUGCCACCUGCAGGGCUGUAUGAGUUUGGGCUCAGGGUGUCUACUUUCUGGAGUGGAUGUGAUCUCAUCCCUUACCCUCUCCAAGUCACAGCUGUGCAACGUCAUCAUCCAGGGACAUCACAUCCGACUGCGAGACAUGAAGCUCAAGGUCUUCACCAUUGUGGGACGCUAUGAUGACCUGCAGGUGCCUUCCAGCUGUGACACCUCCACCUUCCUAAACCAACAGUGGUCAGAGUUCUUUGAAAGGACAGGGAUCAAGGUAAGCGAUAUCUGGGGCCCGGGGGCACUUGAGGGGGACCGAUGUUUGCUGAAUGCCCAGCUCUUCCCGGUCUUCCACACCUCGGAGCCCAUCGGAAUAGAGGACGUGCUGUGGUUCUUCAGAGGGGAGAGGAAGGAGAAGCCGGGCUGCCUUCUCAGGAAGUGGUCCUACUCCUGGCGCAUGUCACUGCAGCAGGUCCUAAGCUGCCUGGACCAGGAGACCGAGCUGGCCUGGCGACGGAGGCUCUUCUUCAACCGGGCUCAGCACACAGUGAGACACACGCUCCUCGAGCACAGGGACAGCAGCCUCUUACCCUUGAUCAGGGCAGCAGUGUGCGAAGGCCAUGAGCAGCAGAUACUCGGUGUGCUGGACACAGUGGCGUCCACAGCUGAGGACCUGGGUGUAGCUGCCCGCACAUUGGCCAGUAUUGCUGAUGUUCUGGGCUGCCUGGCCAAAGGACAGGGUGGGCUGCGGAGCGGGCCUGCUGCCAACCAGGCCUGGACAACUGCCUUCCAGCUCCUGGAGAGCGGUAGGGUGGCCCCCGGCGUGGCCAAGCUCACAGAAGAGAGGGCCAAUUGGCUCCACAGGCCAGACCUGCUGGUGCGAGCAGCUCGACAUUAUGAGGGAGCUGAGCAGAUCCUGAUCAGACAGGCCGUCAUGUCAGCUCGGCAGUUCAUAAUCACAGGGCAACGAGAGCUUCCCCCCAUCAAUCAGUGGGUACUGGCGGAGUGUCCUGCUCGCAUCGACCUCUCAGGUGGUUGGAGUGACACUCCCCCAAUCACAUAUGAACACGGUGGAGCUGUGGUGGACAUCGCUGUUCUGGUGGACAAGCGCAAACCUAUUGGGGCCAAAGUGCGGCGUAUCGCGGAGCCAAAGCUGCACUUGGUCCUCAACAGUGGAGGGAUACAGGGGGAGAUAGCUGUGGAGAUCGUGUGUCACAGCUUGGAGGACCUGCAGGAUUACUGCCAGCCACACGCUCCAGGAGCUUUGGUGAAGGCAGCUUUCAUCUGCACAGAGAUCAUCAGCUACCCCUCCCACACCUCUCUGCAGGACCAGCUGAUGAAUGCAUUCGGGGGCGGCUUUGAACUUCAUUCCUGGUCUUGUUUGCCUCAUGGCUCUGGCCUGGGGACAAGCAGUAUCCUGGCGGGGGCGGUGAUGGCAGCUUUGCUCACGGCGGCCGGCAGAUCCUAUGACACCGACUCACUCAUCCAUGCCGUGCUCCACUUGGAGCAAAUGUUGACAACAGGCGGAGGCUGGCAGGACCAGGUUGGAGGCUUAGUCCCUGGUAUCAAGAUCGGACGCUCCAAACCCCACCUGCCCCUGCGGGUGGAGGUUGAGCCCAUCGCGGUGACGGAUGAUCUUGUGAAGAGGCUGAAUGACCGCUUGUUGCUGAUUUACACAGGGAAGACACGGCUGGCACGCAACCUGCUCCAGGAUGUCCUGAGAAACUGGUACGCCAGGAGACCCUUCAUCAUCCACAACACUGAGGCUUUGGUCAGCAAUGCAGAGCAAUGUGCCCGGGCGCUCAGUAACGGUGACCUGGCCCAGAUUGGACAGUGCCUGAACACCUACUGGCACCAGAAGAAAUGCAUGGCCCCUGGGUGUGAGCCCUCGGCUGUGCGGCGGAUGAUGGCAGCACUACAGCCACACGUCCAUGGGCAGAGUCUAGCUGGAGCUGGGGGCGGAGGUUUCCUGUACAUCCUGACCAGGAAACCCCAGCAGAAGGCCGCCAUAGAGAGCAUUCUAGCGCAGAGUGAGGGUUUGGGGAACUUCAGUGCCCAUGAGGUGGAGGUGGAUCAGACUGGAAUCACAGUGCGUCUGCCUGGAGCGGAGCAAUAAUCCAUCUACAAGGCCCUUCAUUGGCUACUUUCACUAUCACUGCAAUCAGCUGCUGCUUUCUAACCAAACAACACUUGGAUUGAUAAAUGAUGGUUCGAAAUUUUGGGAAAACACGGCUGGAAUCUGGGACACGUCUAUGAGUGAUCGAGAUCUUCAAUGAAGCAAAUGUAACUUGAUAAUUUUAUCAGUAAUUAUUUAAAAGUAUAUGAUUGAGAAAUCAGGUGUCCCUCCAGGGAGAGAGCGCACAUUCCAUUCCAACAAUCUAUCU